AUGCAGUCACGACUUAUUUAGUGACAAGUCUGGCUGCAAGUCCAGAUUUGGAGGCUGUGGAGAUAGACGUCCAUUUUCCGAUUUCAUCAACAGCAACAAAAGCUAUCAAUGGCUGAAUAUAGCAGGAAAUAAUAACAAUAAUAAUAACAAAGCUAAUAAAGGCUUCAUUUUACUCUUUUCCAGCCGCUUGUAAAACCCAUUACUCUGCGCAGGAAUUUCCGCUAUAGUCAACCCGACAUGGCGGAUCAGGCGGAGGCGAUUAAGUCAUCUGCCCGGAGUCGGCAGAGAAGAAAGAGACUGCUGGAUGCCAGGAAGACGGUCCUCGCUCCAGACGAAGAGGAGUUCUGGAAUGGCAUCACAGCAGACAUGAUGUGGGAUGAGGAGGACGGCAGUGUAGAUGGCGUACAUGGAUGGAUUGUGUGGCCUCCAUCCUUCCGCAGCCAGGAGCUUUCCAACUUGUGUGCUGCCCUACAGGCCAGGCUGGAAGCUGAUGGAAGGUAUACAGCUCUUCAUCACAGACGUUUUUUUACAAUGGACAGCCGUCUGAAAGACUGAAGCCAUUGAAAUACGACAGGGCAGCAGCCAGGAAACAUUUAAUUCCAGAGCUGAUGCCUGAGACCAGCCCGGA